AUGUCGAGCUCACAUGCCGCCCUGGGCGCCGCGGCCGACGACCGCAAGGCGCGUCUCGCGAAGCUCAAGAACCUGAAGCGCAAGCAGCCCGCCGACGAGAUCGUAGCCCCCGAGUCUGAACGGUCCGCGUCCCCGCCAGGCAACAACGCAUCCGCCGAACAAGAACAACAACAACAGAAAGACGUAGCGAAGCUGCACCUCUCGGGGCGCAACUACGACGCCGAGGCCAAGGGCGCGAAGCUGGGGUUCGAGGCGCCGCCCACACUAAACAUGGAGGGCCCGACGCUGGAGGAGCAGGCCGCCGAGGUGGAGGCGGCGCUGCGGCUUAAGGCGCAAGAGGACGCCCAGGACGAUAAGGGGAUUGAUUUGUUUAAGCUGCAGCCCAAGAAGCCCAACUGGGACCUCAAGCGCGACCUCGACAAGAAGCUCGAGGUGCUGAAUGUGCGCACCGACAACGCCAUUGCGAGGCUGGUCCGCGACCGCAUUGCGAACGCCCAGGCGGCCGCGAGGAAGACGGCGCAGCCGGUGGCGGGCGCGGAUGGGGAGGGGGAAGGGGGCGCUGCGGCGGUUGGUAUGGAUGGUGUUGCGCUGGUGGAGGGCCUACGGGUACGGGAGAGAGAGGAGGAAGAAGAGGAGCGGAGAGAACGUGAGGACGAGGAUUUGGCGUAG